UAGACGCCGUCGGAGGGAGUUUACGUUGACUCCUUACUUUGUUCUGGAUCGCGUUUUCGUAUCGAACUAAUCCGAGUGACAGUUUAAGGUGAUUUUCAGUGUACAAGUGAAGUGAAGUGAAAGUGUUCGAAGGUGACAACAAAGGAAACCCAACUCAACGAUGACGUGUUUUAAAUAUAUCCACAGAGUAUAAAUAUGUAGGGAAAUCAUUUUGUACAGUGUAUAAAUGGGAUAGAGAUUCUGGAGAAAAAAUGGGGACGAUAGUGGUGAGUGCUGUAAAAAAAGUGGUCGGUGUACUUCUUCUGGGAUGGAUUGCGGAUACAAUAGCUUUAAGAGACGUGCAGUUAAUAGCGCCAUCUGCCGUCAGACUCGGGGACACAGUUCUGUUGGGUUGUAAAUGGGCUCUUGAAAGCAACGAGACGCUCUAUAGCGUUAAGUGGUACAGAGGAAGGCAAGAAUUCUUCAGCUACCUCCCAAAAGAAUAUCCUUUUACGAGGAUCUUCGCUCAGCCUGGAAUUGACGUGGAUGUUUCCAGGUCGACAUCCCAACAAGUUGUGCUGAGGGAGGCGACACGAACGUUAGCUGGAAGGUACCGUUGCGAAGUGUCCGCAGACGCUCCUUCGUUCCAUACACAAGUCCGUUCCGCGUACAUACACGUCGUUGAAUUGCCACCUGAAAAGCCUUCAAUCAAAGCGGAAAAAGGAUGGUAUGCAUCUGGAGACUCGCUUCGUGCACAAUGCACUUCACCUCCAGCCGACCCGCCUGCCAACCUCACUUGGUUGCUAAACGGACGAGAUAUUCAAGGCAAGCCAAUAAUACAGCAGCGAAUAUUGCCAAGCCCAGCGAUAUCUAUUGAUUUGCCACAAUCAAGUCGAAGCUCACCAGCCCCGGGUGAUGAAAACAGUAACAUAAUUUUCAGUCCAUGGAAAGCUUUUGGUCCAUUUGUGGAUACCGUGCAGGACGGUGAAAUCCUACCAAGUCAGGAUUCCGUAAUGUUUCCCACUCCACGGAAUCAAGAUGCUGCAUUAGAUGAUGAAGUCACAGACCCAUCACCAACAAUGGAGUCAUCUAAAAAGGUGGCGUCAAUAAGUCAGCUGUCCUUCAUGGUGAGGCCAGACAGCUUCGAACGAGGGCAGUUGAGGCUGACCUGUAUAUCUACUGUCCACUCAGUUUACAGCGAACAGGCAGAACUAGUUAUCAACGAGGAACGUCCUCAAAUUGCUUCAGUUCUUGGUACCAGAGACCGAUCUUCAGGUCCGGCAGCUGCCUCUUCAAUGCUAAUCGUGAUCUGCACUUCAUUCGCUAUCACGAAUAUUUUAAGAGAUAUCCUGCGAUGAUGUCAAGCCUGAGGCGAAUAAGCGAAAUUUUUGUAUAUAGAUUUUUUAAAUUGUGUAAACAAAUGUACCACGUGACAUAUAAAGGUCGCAUUAUUAGUUGUUAAUCUAAAUAAAGAUUUAUUUCUAUAAUUUACUUCUUAUUUUGUUUUGUGACCGAGCUGUUUGCUGUUAAUGUAAAAGGUCGUAAGUACAAGUUAUAUGAAGAUAAAAAGAGAACAUAAAACUUAUUAUUUUUCUGUUUCGUUAGUAUAAAAUUCGUAUUACUACUUAUACGUAAUGAUACUUUUAAAACCUAAUAAAAAUAAAAAUAUGACGAAAAAUUUAAUUACACAAGUUUUUGCAGUUGCUGUUUUAAUUUUUACAUACGACCUUUUGACACUAGCGUAUAAAGUUUAAUUUGUUAAUUCCAGAGAUGUAUCAAGGGUUGUUUGUGAAAACGUAAUACGCUAAAUAUAAAUAUUAUUAAGGAAAUUAAAAGUCAUACAACAGAAACACAAAAAAAACUGACAACCGAUCGCUUUUUCUGAUUCCAUAAGACUGUCAUUCGAAAACUGUAAGAAUCUUAAAACAAAAUCGUUCAAGAGACUAAACUGUAACAAACAAACAAAGAAACAGAAACGCAUUACCCUCCUGAAAAUCGUAGUCGGUAAAGAAAAAAAAAUAAUUUUUUCAUGAUAUAAUUAUUAUUUCCACAAACAACGAAUAGAUUGGAUUAAUGGAAUUGUAUAAUGUGAAUAUCUUUGUCUAAAUAUAUAGUUAAAUAAAUCGAAAGCAUCAUAUGUAAAUAAAUAUGUAAUAUAUAAAUUUAGCCAUGAAUUCGGGUGACUUUGGUAAAUUUAACAUUCUUGUCUUGUGAUGUGUAGAAUAGUAGAAGUAAUCGUUACCUUAUUAUGUACCAUAGACUACAGAUUGUAAUUUAAAAAAAAAAAACUUCUAAAGUUAACAAAAAAUGUCAUAGAGAACGCAUUCCCGUGUAGUCUAUUAAACAAUGUUAUUAACGUCUUUGUCUUAUGAAUUAAAAAAAAG